CGGGGGGUUUCCUCAUUUCAUCGUCAUUCGUAAUUGUAGGUUGGAGAAAAUGGGUCAUUGGCCAUGCUUCGGCGCCUGGAGGAAGGGUUUUAAGUUCAGGAGAAAGGAUGAGCCUACCGCCGUCCCUGAUUCCUCAUCUGCAGAGGCAAUCACAAUCCUUGUCUAGUGAUUCUAUGAAAGACGAUGUCCUCACUGUUUUAUACUCUGCAUCAUGGGAUUGUAGGCCUGUCCAGAUUCUAGAACAGUAGCGAAGGAGUGCUAGCAGAAUCAAAUACUCAUUGAAGGAACUUAUGCGUAGUCUUGAAUCUUGAUGAGAUCUCUUAUCUUUUAUUUUUUUUAAUUAUUUAUUUUAUUAUUGGUUUUGCGAUCAAUUCUAUCAAAUCUCUUUUUUGAACAUCUGUCGUCUACUAAGUGACUGACUUGACAAUGGAAGUGGUGAUGCUCCAAUUGCAUGGUGAAGUAUGCAAGAGACGUGUUUUAUUUGGUUGAUUUCUACUGCCUAGAGCUAUUUGAUUUUUCAAAGAUGUGAAAUUUGGAAGCAAAAAUCAUAGCUGUUUUCAAUCGAUAUACAAUGGAAAUUAACCAUAUGUGCAUCUCCUAGAAAUGGCACUGCCAAUUGCUGUCUAAGUUGCUUCCAGCAGAGCUGAAGGAUUUGUUUUGGUAUCUUGAAGAUUUUAGUAUUCACUUCAUUCAAAACUUAUUCGUUUAUUAUUUUAAAAGACAUAGCAUGAUUAUGUUGUAGUUGGGACCUAAUUCAUGUAAACCACACUCAGACAGAGCAGGAGAUACCAAUCAUGUUAACAGCUGGUGAUAUGUCUAAAGUCUACAUGUUACAACGAGUGCAUUACUUACCUUUUCCCAUACUUCUGCUUGUUGUUUAACCUAAUUGGAGGCUAAUGCAGUUGGACCAAAGAUCAAUAAAGAGUUGAGAUUGGAGUCCCCCAUUUCAAAAGAUGUAUCCGGUGCCAAGACCACCACAAAGACGUUCAAAUACAGGGAGCUUGCAACUGCAACAAACAAUUUUAGGUCUGACUCCCUAAUUGGGGAGGGUGGUUUUGGGCCAGUAUACAAAGGGAAAUUAGAAAAAACUGGCCAGGUCAUUGCUGUUAAAAUGUUAAAUCAGACGGGUCUUCAAGGGGACAAGGAGUUUUUGGUGGAGAUUCUCAUGCUGUCUCUUCUACGUCACCCUAACCUUGUCAAUAUGAUUGGUUACUGUGCUGAAGGGAACCAGCGCCUUCUUGUCUAUGAAUUCAUGCCUUUGGGGUCAUUGGAGUAUCACCUCCAUGAUCUUGCACCUAAUAUGGUACCAUUGGAUUGGAACGCCAGGAUGAAGAUAGCAGCUGGUGCAGCCAAAGGAUUGGAUUAUCUGCACAGUCAAGCAGAUCCUCCUGUUAUAUACAGGGACUUGAAAUCGUCUAACAUAUUAUUGGGAGAGGGCUUCCACCCAAAACUUUCUGAUUUUGGGCUUGCGAAGUUUGUUCCAGACGACAAGUCACAUGUCUCUACUAGAGUUAUGGGCACCGAAGGAUACUGUGCCCCUGAAUAUGCAGUUACUGGAAAACUGACAAAGAUGUCUGACAUCUAUAGUUUUGGGAUAGUCUUGUUCGAGCUAAUUACUGGACAAAGAGCAUUGGACUCAACUCGUGGACGUGGAAAAGAUAUUCUUGUUCAUUGGGUUCGUCCCAUGUUGAAAGACCGCAAGGACUUUUUGCAACUAGCAGAUCCAAAUCUGAAAGGCAAGUUCUCAGAGCCUGUUUUCUGCAGGGCUGUAGAGGUGGCAUCCAUGUGUGUCCGUGAAAAUCCUCACUCUCGUCCUAGCAGCACUGACGUAGUGCUUGCUUUGGAUUACUUGACUUCCCAGCAGAAUGAUGCCAAUAUGGAUCGUGGAAAUGGUGCCAAAAGCGGUAGGGGCAGAAGGAUGCCGCAAAGCGAUGGGCUGGUUAAUGAGAGCAAUGUAGAUUCUAAUGAAUGUAAGGGCACUCCGAAGGGAACAUGUAUAUCAGAAGACAGGGAUUUAGAACGAGAGCAAGCUGUUGCCGAGGCCAAGAUGUGGGGAGAGACAUGGAGAGAGAAGAUGCGACAAAAUGAAGAAGGAAUUAUGCCAACUUAGAAGACUGGCUAAUUAAUAGCACAGCAAAGCUUUAGGUGGUCAGGUUUAGUGUUAUAAUAAUAAUGGAAUAUAUCUAGGAAAAGAAUUAACAGAGAAUUCUCUUUCACAGAAGAUUACAAAAUAAUAGGAACGAAAUAAUAGUUCAUUACUUGCAGAAUUAAUGUUAAAGGGGGUCGGAUGUUUAGAACUAUGUUUAAUUUUUAGCCCCAGUUGAAUGACGAGAAUUUUUAAGGAUUCUACAGGCACAAGUGAGAGAA